GUGAUGGAGUCUAUUCAGUCACCUGACAUCCCCAUGGACAGGUACUUCAACAGCACCUGGAGACACCCGUAUGGCCAGGAGACUGUCCCUUCACCUUUCAACAGCUCCUUCCGCCUCCAGCACCACAACAGCUUCCACAACACCCUACUAGGUGUCUCUCUGGGCUUCCUGUCGUUGCUCACUGUCGUCAUGAACAUCCUGGUACUCUACGCUGUGAAGAAAGAGCGGACCCUCCACACGGUGGGCAACCUCUACAUCGUCAGCCUCUCCGUGGCGGAUCUCAUCGUCGGGGCCACCGUCAUGCCCCUCAACCUGGUGUAUCUGCUGGAGGACGAGUGGAGGCUGGGGAGGGUCGUCUGUCAGUUCUGGCUCAUCAUGGAUUACGUAGCCAGCACAGCCUCCAUCUUUAGUCUGUUUAUACUAUGUCUGGAUCGGUAUCGGUCCGUUCACGAGCCGCUGAGGUACCUGAAGUACCGGACCAGAGGGAGAGCUAGCGUUAUGAUCUCAGGGGCCUGGCUAAUGUCCAUGACGUGGAUUAUUCCUAUUCUAGGGUGGAGGUCCUUCGUUCAGGUCGACCUCAAACCGGAGAUGGAGAAUAAGUGUGACACUGAUUUCCGGUUUGUUACUUGGUUUAAGGUUUUAACUUCAGUGUUUAACUUCUACCUUCCGUCUCUGUUGAUGCUGUGGUUCUACUCGCGCAUCUACAUGGCUGUGAGACAGAACUUCAGAGAGAGGGAGAGGAUUAUCAAUCCCACAGAUUCCGUGGUGGAAAACAGGAUCGGACACAAAGUCCAAACAGGAAAUAGCCACUGCGAGUCUAAGAAAGAAAGAAACUCAGACUUUGAUCAGUACACGUUAGACCAGCCGAACGACUCCACAGAUACAGUUGAAACCAAUGCGCCCAGGGAACCCAAGUCUGAGAAAGACUCUCACUCCAGUCAUUCACUGCUCAGAAUGACAAAACGUCUGAGGACGACUGUAAAGGACAAAAGAAAGAGCGGCUCUUCGUCUUUCCAGCAGAAGAAUUCGGACUCGGAGACCCCUUUGAACCUGUCCUCUUUACCUCUUGGCUUCACAAACUACGACGACGACAACGUUCAGAAACUCUACGUAUCCGUGAACGACUGCAAGGUAGCCGUGCCGUCAAACUCUGUGGCUGGCGUCUGCGAGAUAACCCAGAUAUCUGACAUGCAGAGAUACACCGCCAUGUUCUACAACAACGAGUUCACCCAGUCUGUGAAUUUAUCCCCGUCACCAUGUCCCCAUAAUUCACCCCAGUCACCCCCGCCUCAGGAGGACUCAGAGCCUGACAAUGGUACUAACCCGGACGCUGCAGCCAACGCUGUGACCCUAAAGCAGACCUGGCAGAAGUUCUGUGCCCAGUCCAGGCAGCGUAUCCAGAGCCUUCAGGUCCAUAAGGAGCACAAAGCGGCCAAGCAGCUGGGCUGUAUUAUAGCUGGGUUCAUGAUGUGCUGGAUCCCCUACUUCAUAGUCUUUAUGGUCAUGGCUUUCUGCCAAACCUGUGUACAUCACAACCUACAUAUGUUCACGAUAUGGCUUGGGUAUAUAAACUCUACCUUGAACCCGUUCAUAUACCCCCUCUGCAAUGAGAAUUUCAAACGGGUGUUUAAAACUAUCCUACACAUUAAUUUGUGAUGAAAAGGUUUAUGAACAGUGCCUUGAGUGGCAUUUCAAUGUAUUUCCUUGUAAUACAGUAUGUGUGCUUGAAUGUUUUGAGUGACCUCAAUUUGGUACCUUAAAUUUGUAUAAUUUUGAAAAAUAUAAUGCUUAUUUAUUGUCCGCCUAAAUAUUUUUUGUUUAUUAUUUAUUAUCAGACCCAGACCAUAACGCCAGCGUUCCUUCUCAUUAUUUACUCAAAUAACUCUGCUGAAGGAGAAUAACUGCAGAAUAACUGCAGAAUAACUCUGCUGAAGGAGAAUAACUGCAGAAUAACUGCAGAAUAACUCUGCAGAAGGAGAAUAACUGCAGAAUAACUGCAGAAUAACUCUGCAGAAGGAGAAUAACUGCAGAAUAACUGCAGAAUAACUGCAGAAUAACUCUGCAGAAGGAGAAUAACUCUGCUGUAGGAGAAUAACUGCAGAAUAACUCUGCAGAAGGAGAAUAACUGCAGAAUAACUCUGCUGAAGGAGAAUAACUGCAGAAUAACUCUGCUGUAGGAGAAUAACUGCAGAAUAACUCUGCUGAAGGAGAAUAACUGCAGAAUAACUCUGCUGAAGGAGAAUAACUGCAGAAUAACUCUGCUGAAGGAGAAUAACUGCAGACAAACUCUGCUGAAGGAGAAUAACUGCAGACAAACUCUGCUGAAGGAGAAUAACUGCAGAAUAACUCUGCUGAAGAAGAAUAACUGAAGAAUAACUCUGCAGAAGGAGAAGAACUGCAGAAGGAGAAUAACUCUGCUGAAGGAGAAUAACUGCAGAAUAACUCUGCUGAAGGAGAAUAACUGCAGAAUAACUCUGCUGAAGGAGAAUAACUGCAGAAUAACUCUGCUGAAGGAGAAUAACUGCAGAAUAACUCUGCUGUAGGAGAAUAACUGCAGAAUAACUCUGCUGAAGGAGAAUAACUGCAGACAAACUCUGCUGAAGGAGAAUAACUGCAGAAUAACUCUGCUGAAGGAGAAUAACUGCAGAAUAACUCUGCUGUAGGAGAAUAACUGCAGAAUAACUCUGCUGAAGAAGAAUAACUGAAGAAUAACUCUGCAGAAGGAGAAGAACUGCAGAAGGAGAAUAACUCUGCUGAAGGAGAAUAACUGCAGAAUAACUCUGCUGAAGGAGAAUAACUCUGCAGAAGGGGAAUAACUGCAGAAUAACUGAAGAAUAACUCUGCAGAAGGAGAAUAACUCUGCAGAAGGAGAAUAACUGCAGAAUAUCUGCAGAAGGAGAAUAACUCUGCAGAAGGUGAAUAACUCUGCAGAAGGAGAAUAACUGCAGAAUAUCUGCAGAAGGAGAAUAACUCUGCAGAAAAAGGCACAGAGACCGUUUCAAUACAAUCUGCUUCACGUGCUUGUCCAUUUUUGGUGAAAACGGAAAUGUGUCUUAAUGGAACCUGCAUUUUUGUUAGAUAUGAGUCAGUGCCGU